ACGGACUUUGCAUGGCCUAUAGUCAAUUAGAUAGGAAAAGUCGAGAAGUUGGAAAAGUCGGAAGCAAGAGAGAAUGGAAAAGUCGGAAGCACGAAAGAAACCAAGAAGGCACGGCACGGGCACGGACACAGACUGUGUAUGCUUUUAAGGUAGAGAGCAACAACAGACUGAUUGUUUAGUUGAUUCGUUAACUGCAGUUGAUGCUACAAAAGCAACUGGAAAGCUGGUUCACGCCUGCUGGAACAAACUCAGCUGCAGGCAGUGGUAUUGCAGUGAUUAUUAAAUGAUGGCGGCAAUAGAUAUAUUCGGUGUCUUUCUUAAUAUUAUUGCACCUCUUCUGGUUACCGGUGUUUUCCUCCGAUAUUUGACCGCCAGAAUAAGAAACAAGAACAAGCAGUCGGGUUUGCGUCUUCCUCCGGGGAGCUUUGGGUGGCCGAUUCUCGGGGAAACACUGGAGUUUCUUCAGAGCGGAUGGGAUGGGGAACCGGGAAGGUUUCUGAAACAAAGAAUGGAGAAGCAUCAGAAUCCUCCAGUCUUCAAGACUUCAUUGACCGGUGAGCCUAUGGCCGUCUUAUCCGGCCCUGCAGCUCAUAAGUUCUUGUUUGGCAACGAAAACAAGCUGGUCCAGGUCUGGUGGCCUCCCUCAGCAAAGAAGCUGCUGGGGAAUGGGCUGUCUAACUCCGUUGGGGAGGAAGCCAAGCAUACCAGGAAGAUGCUGUCUUACUUCCUCACCCCAGAUGCCCUGAUGCGACUCUAUAUCAAAACGGUGGAUCAGGUCACUCAGCACCACAUCGCCAUUCACUGGCAAGGUAAAGAGGAGGUGAAGACAUUUCCAGUGGUUAAGUUGUACACCUUUGAGCUUGCGUGUCGACUGUUUAUGAGCCUAGAAGACCCUCGGCACAUUGAAAAGCUUGCUGCCCUCUUCAAUGUUUUCUUGAAAGGCGUCAUAUCCAUCCCCCUCAACUUCCCAGGGACAAGAUUCUAUCGUGCCAUCAGAGCUACAGGAGCUGUUAGGAAGGAACUGAUGGUGAUUCUCAAAGACAGGAGACUGGCCUUGGAACAGAAAACUGCUUCCCCUUCACAAGAUCUUUUGUCGCACUUGCUUGCAUCUCCGGAUGACAACGGAAAGUUCAUGUCUGAAUCGGAGAUCAUAAACAACAUUUUACUGCUACUCUUCGCUGGCCAUGACACUUCGAGUGUUGCCAUAACACUAGUCAUGAAGGUACUAGGGGAACUUCCACAAGUUUAUCAAAAGGUCUUGAGAGAGCAAACUGAGAUUGCUUCAUCAAAAGGAGCGGACGGAUUCCUGCAAUGGGAGGAUAUACAGAAGAUGAAGUACUCAUGGGAUGUAGUCUGUGAAGUCAUGAGACUCUGGCCACCAAUAAUGGGAGCUUUUAGAGAAGCAAUCGUUGAUUUAAAUUAUGCUGGUUAUGACAUCCCCAAAGGAUGGAAGCUAUACUGGACUCCCGCUUCGACGCAUACAGAUCCCAGUUUCUUUCGGGACGCCAUGAACUUUGAUCCGUCAAGAUUCGAAGGAGCAGGACCUACACCUUUUUCUUAUGUUCCUUUUGGAGGAGGACCUCGUAUGUGCUUAGGGAAGGAGUACGCUCGGGUGGAGAUAUUGGUCUUUCUCCACAAUGUGGUAAACAAAUUUAGAUGGAACUUAUUGGUUCCUGAUGAGAAGAUAAUCUAUGAUCCCAUGCCCACCCCUGUUGAAGGACUUCCAAUCUGCCUUCGCCCUCACAAUCCUUAAAUGGGUUUACUUGUAUAUUACAGUGAGACAAUCCGGGCAUGUCUGUCGUUUAACUACAGUUUGUACCCUGUAAGUGUAAGCUACACUGCUACUGAUAUCUCCUUCUUGGCAUCGGAGAAAAGCAAAAGGUGUUUACAGUUUCUGAGUUUUC